AUGUCCUUUCAAAACCAGUUUGCUGUGGCUUCUUGUAAGAAUCAACUCAUUCCACAACAGUUGACCAAUACCGUGUUUUUCGGCCCACUUAAUGCCUUAUCCCAGGCCAAAUUCUUGCAAACUAACAAUAUCAAGUUUUUUGUCGCCGUUGGGAUUCCUACAGCUCGUGUAGCACAAUACUGCCAAUCGUUGCCUUCCGAUCAAUGUUUGGUGGUCAACUACGAUCCGCUUUUUGAUCCGCAUGCCGCUGUCAGCACCAUAGAUCAGGAAUUGGUGGCCCGGUACAUGCAAAUACAAUCAGCAAGCCUGAAGCUACUCACUGCUCAAGUAAGUGCGCAAACAGAAGCAAAUUACAAUUCUGCCAGUGGGUUGACACCGCAACCGGAGUUGGAGCAGUCACUUUACCAUAAUGCUGCGUGUUACGAUUGCAACGUAAUCACAGCCGAAAACGCCGAACUUUUCGAAAGAUUCAACGAUCUUCUCACCAUUUUUAGACUUUCAAACGCUGGCAAUGUACUCGUUUUUUCGUCCAGUGGAAACGAAAACGAUCUGGCCUCAUUGCUCAUCUCUCAUGUUUUGCACACUAAUGGUCAAACCACGGUUUUCGAAGCGCUCCAAUAUGUGCGAUCUCUGAGACCCUCCAUUGCGCCAAACGGGCUCAGUCUGGAAACUUCUGGUCCCGGUCUGACCCAUUUUGCAGAAAAACUGCGGUCAAGGCAGAAUUAUCAGGAUGGUUGUAACGAUUCAAUAGCAGAUUCCAGCUUUUCGUCCCAUGCAACGUCUCUGGCCACCAAGAGGCGAAACAUGCCGUCAUCCGAUGAAGAAGAUGAAAGUUUCAUGGACGAUAAUGAAUCUGCAAAUAUAUCGUUUUCAAGCCUCCAAUCGGUGAGAGCCGCUUCGGGAACACCAAAAGCGAGAAAGAUCUCAGCUCGACCAUCGGGAAUGUAA